AUGAGCCAAAACAACGCAGAAACUGCACAUAUGUCGCGUCCAGACGCGUUAGAAGCGCGCCAAAACGCAUAUGACUCGUGCAACACGGUUAAGACGCCCGUAGAGGCGACAGAAACUCCUGUUGACGCGUCCAAUGGGUCUAAUGGAUCAUCAAGAGCAGAUGAGGCGGCUUCUUCUGGUCCCACAACGUCACCCGACGUCGACAGUGUGAUCCAUCGCCAUCCCAAGAUGACGACCAGGAGCAAUAAGUCGGCCGUGCUGGCGUCAGCGGACAGCGUGGAUGAUUUCAAGAGAGCACGAACAAAAUUUACGAGCGAACAGAUUCGUGAGCUCGAGGCUUUCUUUGCUCAGCAAGGUCCGCACCCAACACGAACGCAGCGUCUUGCCAUGGCCGAAAAACUCCAAAUCCCGCCACGCGUUGUGCAGAUCUACCUACAGAACCGCCGCCAGCGAGAUGCAAAAAACAAAAAUGCAGCGGCUACUGCAAAUUCUGCAAAGGAAAAGGCUAAAAUAUCCAUCGCGGGUACGCGAUUGAGUGCCCAGGCGGGCGUAACGGAACCCACCGAGAACGCUGUAACCGUGGAACACGCGUCUGCUUCUGCGAUAGGCAACUUGUCUAUUCUCAAAGAGCAUGGUAUCCAAUUUUCCAGUGAUGUCUUGGAAUCAACGCGCUCCUUCGAGGGGCUUUCGGGGCAUUCCACUUUCACCUUUUCAUCCUCCCCAAAUACCGUUUCGCUCAACCUUGACGAGCUCGAAACACCUUCUCGCCCGGCCUCUCAACUAUUUGUGGCGGGUACGGGCCGACGAGCGACGCAAAACGACCUCUACCUUAACAACAAACUCUGGACGCGUAUCCUCUCCUCUCCUCCCUCACCCGCUACCUCCAGAAAACGACUCUACGAGACACUUCGACAGUCUUUCCUCGCCCAACCGACCGAACCCAAAGGUCGUGAAUCUUCGGAAAGUUCUCGUCCAGCCGCCGGUGCACUCGAGACCGUUGGCGUCAACCUGCCAGCCAAUGAGGGCAAGUCUUUGGAGCGAAAGUCGUCCAAGAUUGACCUGGCAUGUGCUAUUGCACGCGAUGUCAAGGUUGGCGCCAAACCGACCGCUCCUCUCAAGGUCAGCGAGUCGCACCACAUCGAAAGUGGGCGCCCUCGAACCGCGUCUGGCGUCAAGCGUUUACGAGAGGAAACGAAUGAGAACGAAGCGCCGCGCAAGCGGACGGCGUCACUGACCUGGUCGGCUCGUGUCGCCACUCCGGUUGCUUCCAAAGCUGGAUCCGCGACCGAAGGUCUUUCUACACCGGAAAACACGAUUGCUUCCAGCUCUCCUGGUUCCUCAGUCGCGCCUUCGGUCUCGUCAUCAGCCACGCUGUACCCUGAUCCAAUCCAGGGGUUGCAUUCCUCUGCGUACAAGGAGCUCCCUCAGAGCGUUUCUCCGGUGGUUCAGAGAAUCGAUGCUCUCAGCGAAUUGGAAGCAAACGCCGCGUUGGUCUUAGCCCUGCUGCCCUAUAACGUCUGA